AUGGUUGACUCAAAGGAAAAUCCGGAGAAGCCCUCCCUACAUCAAUUCGAGGACUCGACCGUCCAGGAUUCGUUCGACGAUGGCGUUCUCAAAGAAAAAAAGAUAGUUGCAGAUGCCGAGGCCGUUAGUCUCGGCUUUGAGGGGGUGGAUGAAAAAACAGUCCUUCGGAAGAUGGAUAUUCGUCUCAUUCCUAUGCUGUCGGCGCUGUACCUCCUAGCCUUCUUGGAUCGCGGAAAUAUUGGCAAUGCUAAGAUUGAGGGACUUAUUGAUGACUUGCAUAUGACCGGUCCGCAGUAUAAUUGGACUUUGACUGUGUUCUUCUUCACGUACUGUGUCUUCGAACUGCCGAGUAAUUUGCUUCUGAAGAAGUUGAGGCCAUCGAGAUGGCUCCCGUUGAUCAUGGUUGCUUGGGGGAUUGUCAUGACCCUCAUGGGAGUCGUCAAUAAUUACGGAGGAUUGCUCGCAACUCGUCUAAUGUUGGGUGUUGCUGAAGCCGGUCUCUACCCAGGUGUUGCGUACUAUAUUACACUCUGGUAUCCCCGUCACCGAGCACAGUUCAGACAAGCCCUCUUCUUCAGCGCCGCUAGUGUUGCAGGUGCAUUCUCCGGGCUUCUCGCAUACGGUAUCGCGAAAAUGGACGGUGUUGGUGGUUAUGCCGGCUGGAGAUGGAUCUUUAUUCUUGAAGGCCUUCUUACAGUUCUCGUGGCAUUGAUCGCCCCAUUUGCGAUUCAUGACUCCCCCGAAACUGCCACCUUCUUGACUGAAGCAGAGCGUCGAUUCGUUAUCCACAGUUUACGGAUUCAAAACUCGGCAGAUAACCAUGAAAUGGUCCAAGAAGAUGACAAAUUUCAGAUGCGUUAUGUCAUUGAUGCUUUCCUUGACUGGCAAAUUUGGCUGGGUCUGUUCAUGUACUGGGGUAUCACCUGUCCGCUAUACGGCAUUUCCCUAUUCCUACCAUCGAUUAUCAAAGAUCUCGGUUACACAUCAUCGACUGCCCAGCUUCUUACUGUGCCAAUCUAUAUCACCGCGGCAAUAGUGGCAGUCAUCGCAGCAUACGUAUCAGACAGACGCAAGCAGAGAUCACCAUUCAUUCUCUUCUUCAUGGGCAUGAUUGGUAUCGGCUUCAUCAUCUGCAUCGCCUCUGCCGGCCGUGACGUACCAGGUGUUAUGUACUUUGGUAUCUUUGUAGCGGUAGUCGGAAUAUAUCCCGCCUUCCCCGGAAACGUCACUUGGCUCAGUGUCAACAUCGCAGGAGACUACAAGCGAGCCGCUGGCAUGGCCAUUUACAUUGGCCUUGGAAACCUGGCAGGAGCUAUGUCGUCAAAUUUUUAUCGUUCACAGGAUGCACCGGAAUACAUCCUGGGACACUCCCUUGAGCUCGCGUUUGUUGUCGUCGGCAUGAUCGCGGCUGUCGUUCUGCGGAUGGCGUACCAGCACAUCAACAAGAAGAGGGAUGCUAUGGAUCCUUCAGAGUAUCCUGAGAAUCCGGACUCACUGGGUGACCGGUCACCAUUGUUCAGGUACAUGCUCUAG